GUGAUAGUAGCAUGUGGGAAGGCAUAGAGAUUUGCCAGCACAAAAAAAAAUUGAUACAAACACUAUUAAGAAGUAAUUAUGGCACUCCUUUGGGGGGCGUCUUCAUAUAAAUUGACAACACCAGCUGCACCGAGGGCAUCCAGUGGAGCUGCACGAAGAACGAAAUCUAUAAGGUUUGAGGGGCUGCCUGGUGACUGAGACGUUUGGGAAUUCCUGACUGUGGAUAAAAAGCCCCAACACAACUUUGGGUGGCGCCAGAGCGCAGGAAAAGAGGAAGUGGCUGAAACGCAGCACAACGCACGGGUUAAUCUACCCGGAGAAUCGCUUUAUGGCUUCGGCCGUUUCCACACAACGCAAGAUGAUGUGUGAAUCUUUUCGGCGGGUGGUUGGACUUGCCACCUGUCAGAAAUGCUGAAGACACUACGCCGCUGACGACCGCACCGACCUCUCCUGCCACUGCAUUGGAAAACAUUAACAUUUUAUUUUAUUUAUUUAUUUAUAUUUUUUGUGCAGGGUUCCCUGCGCGAGUGAGAUAAACAGGGGCAAGUUUGUCUGACAUCGGCGCGGGAGAAAGUGAGCCACACGGAUAAGUGGUGAGAUUAUAAACGGAGUCUCUAUGCGCCCGGAAGGCUCCGACCCCUCUCGCUUUGAAGAUUAGGGGGUUGACGACGUCUGAAGGACACUAAGAACGGGAUUAGGUAUUGUGCAGUCUAACCUACUUCUCAUCACUCCUACAUCUUGUCCUCUGAAAAUUUGCGCAAUGACCUUUGGUGCACUUGGAAUACAGCGGGUGCGCCCGUGAGGUGGGCAGGCAAUAAGGCUUGACAGAAGAUGCAACGGGGGUGGUGGCUCGUCAGAUGGCUGGGGACAGGAAUGGCAAUCCUCUGUUUGCUAACCCACAGCUGGGGCCAGGACACAGAAGACUGGCAGUAUGAGGAAUGCAAGCUGUCUCGGCCAGGCCCCCCUGCAACCAUAGUGACCAUUGACGAGGAGAGCCCCAACGGUACAGUUUUGGUGGAAAACAUGCAGAUAAAUGGCCGUGCCCAAGACCCAGGCAGAACCAUCUCGCUGACACUGCUGGACAACCACGACUACUGGGUAAUACUGGAACCAACGCGGCAGAGACUCUACCUCAACAGCACCGGACGCGUUCUGGACAGAGAUCCCCCCAACUACAUCACCACCAUAGUGGUUCAGGUCCAGUGCACCAACGAGCUGGUCGGUACUGUCAUUUUUCACGAGGUACGGAUUGUUGUGAGGGACAGGAACGACAACGCCCCUCGCUUUCAGCAGCCACGCUACUACGUUUCAGUGAAUGAGCUCACCCCGGUCGGAACAACCAUUUUCACCGGGUUCUCAGGAUAUAACGGCGCCACAGACAUUGACGACGGCCCCAAUGGACACAUAGAAUACAGCAUCCUUUACAACCCCAGUGACCCGGAAUCUAACAGAACAGUAAGCGUUGCAAACACCCUUUCAGGAAACAUUAUCCUGGCAGAGAGGCUUAACUAUGAGGAGAGGACACGCUAUCUGGUUUUGGUCCAAGCCAAUGACCGUGCUCCAUACCCCCCCAACCGACUAACGGCCACCGCCACUCUCACUGUGGACGUUCUGGACGGAGACGAUCUCGGUCCCAUGUUCCUGCCUUGUGUUUUGGUGAACAACACUCGCGACUGCAACCCCCUCACCUACCGUGUUGCUAUCCCUGAAUUCACUGAACCGAGCAAACUGAACCCACUGAAUGUGACCCCUCCGAUACGGGCCGUGGACAUGGACAGAAACAUACAGCCCCCAUCAAACAGACCUGGCAUUCUCUACUACAUCCUGGUUGGUCAACCCGCCACAUAUCGAGAAUAUUUCUCCCUCAACAGAACCACUGCAGAGCUGCGUGUUCUUCAGCCAAUUAGCAGGGACUUGUAUCAAAAAUUCACACUCAUCAUCAAGGCAGAGCAGGAUAAUGGUCAUCCCCUCCCAGCCUUUGCGGAUCUCAUUAUAGAGAUCCUGGAUGAGAAUAACCAGGCGCCGUAUUUCCAGUUUGCCACCUAUCAGGGCUACGUGAGCGAGUCUUCUCCAGUGGGCACGACCAUCUCGGCAAGCGCCAACCUCAGCUCGCCCCUGGGAAUCAUCGCUUUGGAUAAUGACAUUGAGGAGACGAAAGACCCCAUGGUGAAGAUUACCCUGGAUGGCUACACGGCGAUCUUCAGCCUGACUCCAACAGGGAUAAUCCGCUACCUGAAGCUCCUCAAACCUGUGGACCGGGAGACGCAGAUGGCCUAUACUUUCACGAUGGUGGCAUCAGAUGGCGUCCAGCAGAGCAGCCCAGUAACUGUCAACGUCCUGGUCAUCGAUGCCAAUGACAACACGCCGACGUUUGCCGAGGUCUCUUACAGUGUUGAGGUCUUCACAGACAUGCAGCCGGGAGAGACAGUGCUGCAGUUAACAGCAGUGGAUGCCGAUGAGGGACUGAACGGUCUGCUGACCUAUGAGAUACUGGCUGGCGCCCAGGGAGAUUUCAUCAUAAGUAAUCGCACCGGACGCAUCGCCGUGGCCCCUGGUGUCACUUUAGUUGUGGGACGGUCCUACGCGCUGACUGUCAAGGCCUCUGACAAUGCGCCUGAGACACAGAGAAGGAGCUCUAUCACUACAGUCUACAUUGAGGUUUUGCCGCCCAACAACCAGAGCCCCCCGCGCUUCCCUCUCCUCACCUACAGCCUAGAAGUCAGCGAAGCAAUGAGGAUCGGAGCUAUUCUCCUCAACCUACAGGCAACUGACAGAGAAAACGAUCCCAUCACAUAUCGCAUUGUGAGUGGGGAUUCUCAGGGUAUCUUCAACCUCACUGAAACGAUUGGCCUCCUGCUUCUGGGUAAGCCUCUGGACAGAGAGACCACUGAUCAGUACCGUCUGAUCGUAACGGCGUCCGACGGCAACCCCGGAGGGACAUCUACUACUACAGUGAACAUAGUCGUCACCGACGUCAACGAUAACGAUCCUAAGUUUGACCUCACUAUAACCACUAAUUUUACCGUGCAAGAAGAACAGGCCAAUUUGUUCGUAGGACAAGUCAUGGCCACAGAUCCAGAUGCAGGAGCCAAUGGCCAGGUGCGCUACCGGAUUGUCAACCAUCCCAACCUGUUUAUAAUCGGCGCUAAUGGAAGCAUCUACACAAAAGUCCCACUAGACCGGGAGUUAAGGAGCCGGUACGACUUGGUGGUAGAGGCUUCCGAUGGGGCAGUUGACCCUCGACGGACCACUUUGACCCUCGCAAUCCAGGUCACGGAUAUCGAUGACAACAGCCCCGUUUUCUCAGAGCAAACCUAUACGGUGAACGUACCUGAGAACAGCCCCGUGGGAACUGUGAUCCUGCAGCUCCGUGCGGUGGACGCAGACCUGUUCUCCAAUGUCACAUAUCAGAUCAAGACUGAAUCGGCCAGGCAGCUGUUUUCUCUGAACCCUGUCACCGGGGAGUUAGCAGUGCUGCAAGCGCUGGACUUCGAGAACCUGGCAGCUAUGGGCAUGGGGGCCUCUUACACUUUCCAGGUGGAGGCUGUCGACCAAGGAGGGGUCACGCCGCCGGGACAAGCUACCGUCACGGUCCGCAUCACGGACAUGAAUGACUUCUCCCCCAUCUUCAGCCAAGACCUGUAUAGGGGCAUGGUGGCACCCAAUGCAGAGAAAGGAACGGUCAUCACCACCGUUUUUGCUUCGGACCAAGACCCACCGGGCACUCCCGCCAGCUUCGUCCGCUAUAGAGUGGACCAUGACAGGUCACCGUACAGCGGGAGCAUCUUUGAUGUGGUCGAGCUAACUGGGAGAGUUAUCACUAAGGUCAACCUCAAUGAAGAGCCCAGUGUCACAUUCAAGUUGUUCGUGAUAGCUUUUGAUGAUGGGGAGCCAGUGAAGACUAACGGUACUUUGGUGGAGAUCACAGUCCUCCAGCCUUCCCGCAUCCCUAUCUUCACCCAGGAAGAAUACAGGUUUGCUCAAGUCAGUGAGUCGGCUCCAGUUGGCACUCCAGUGGGGACUAUUCUUGCUGCUGCCAUCAAUGAAACCAUCUUCUACUCCAUUGUUUCAGGAAAUGAACUGGGUCAUUUUCAGGUGAACAACAGGACGGGUGUCAUCUCCACGGCUGCAGCUCUGGAUUAUGAAAAUGUGACCAGCUACGUCCUCAGAGUCCAGGCCGACUCUCUGACUGUUGUGUUGUCCAACAUGCGUGUGCCUUCCAAAAGCAACACAGCCAAGGUGUACAUUGAGGUGCAGGAUGAGAAUGACCACCCUCCCGUCUUCUCCAGGCAGCUCUACAUAGGCGGCGUGACGGAAGACACCAAGAUCUUCAGCUCUGUGCUCAAGAUAGUGGCCACUGAUAAGGACACUGGAAAUUACAGCGCCAUGGCUUACCGCCUGAUUAUUCCACCCACACCAGAGGGACAGGACAGCUUCGUUAUCGAGACCUACACUGGUAUCCUCAAGUCGGCCAUGAAGUUUCGAAAUAUGCGAAGAUCCUACUUCAAGUUUCAAGUUAUUGCCACAGACGAUUACGGAAAAGGUCUCAGCAACAGUGCAGACGUUGUUGUUUCUGUGGUCAACGCAUUGGACAUGCAGGUAGUUGUGUCCACUGUCCCACCCACCCUGGUGGAAGAGAACAGGGAGGAGCUCAUUAGUAUUCUGGAGCGCCACGUCCAAGACCAGAUUCCAGGUGCCAAGCUGAUUGUGGAGUCCAUCGGGCCGCGUCGUCAUGGUGAUGGCUUUGAGCUAGAGGACUACUCUAAGUCUGACCUGAUGGUAUACGCCAUCGACCCUCUCACGAACAGGGCCAUUUCCCCCAAGGAGCUCUUCAAAUUUCUUGAUGGGAACGUGCUUGAAAUCAAUAAGGAGUUCCAGCCGUACCUCGGCGAGGGCGGCCGCAUCCUAGAGAUCCGCUCGCCAGACAUUGUGGCCAGUGUGAAGAAGGCUGCCCAGGCUGUGGGCUACACAGAGGGAGCUCUCCUGGCGUUGGCCAUCAUCAUCAUCCUCUGCUGCAUCCCUGCCAUCCUCAUCGUCAUGGUCACCUACAAACAGUUCAAAGAACGACAGGCAGAGUGUGCCAAAACUGCCAGGAUUCAGAUGGCUCUACCGCCGGGAGGAAAAGCAGCUCCAACGGCCGCACCUACUGCUAACCUGUACGAGGAGCUGGGCGACAGCAGCAUCAGGCGAGGCCAGGGCCAGGGCAGACAGCAACAGCAACUGCUGAGGCCAUCCCUUCUGAGACCUGAGGAACUCUCCAUGGAGUCAGGUAUCGACCCAGGCCAGGACUACUACUCACAGGACUACUAUAAUUAUGACCAAGGAUACGACUUUCCUCAAUAUGGCAGUAGACGGAGGCUGAUACCUCCGAUGUAUGAUGAAUACGGGGAAGUGAUCAUGGAGGAUGAUGGGUAUUACUACAGUCCACAUGGCCCUGAGCCUGGGAGAAAGAAGCGGAUUAAACUUGCGGUAGAUCGAGAGAAUGAGACCAGCUCCACGGGAGAGGAGAGCACAACGGAGAACCAACGGAACAGACUCCCAAACAGCCACAGCAACAUCAACGGGAACGUCUACCUAUCGCAGAACGGCACUAUCGUCCGAACGAGGCGACCACCUCAUCUAAACAACCUGAAGCUGGGCUCCCCAUGCCGGCUGGGUAAGCAUUUUAAAAAAUUAGACAAAUUGGGUGUGACUCACGAAGAACCCCCUCCCGCUAUUAGCACGGAGGGUUCGGGAAACGAAACCGAAAACGGAAUAGCCACAUGUGUUCCCUCCAGCAAGGACGUCAACCUCAACACUCUGUCAUCUUUUGGCUCCCUGGGGUCCACCAUUACAGAGCUUAAAAGUUUCGGGUCCAAAACCAGCAUCGCCAAGGCCAUAAUUGACAGAAACAGUAGUGGCCCUUGUGUCAAUGAGGAGCAAGAGACUUCUGUUGACAACCACAAGAGCAGUAGGGAGACACUAGAGUCUCACAGUGACCACACAUUAUCAGAUGAGGAGGAAUUAUGGAUGGGACCUUGGAACAGCCUGCACAUACCAAUGACAAAACUCUGACUGGCCAUGCAGAAAAUUAAUUUCCUUUUUUUAUUAUUAUUGUUUUCCUAUCUUUAUCAUGUUGUUUUUGUUUAGAAAAUAAUCAUAAAAUUGUGUGCCUCAGCUGGAUGAGCUCCAACCACUGACAGGUGAUUGCAGCUCUGUCCAAAUUUAAUUUAAUCAUGACGUGUUGAAGCUUCCUUGUACCAAGUGUUUAUCACCGGCAGGGCUAUUACAGAAGGGGACAUAGAGCUGAAAGGCAACGAGUGCCUCAAAGAAAUAUAACACCUUAUGUGAACUGUGCUUGACUGUAUUUUUCACUCUUUAUUCUACAGAGAAGACGGGCCUUUUUCUUGAGUGAUUCCUUGUUUUGCUUUCUUUCUUUUUUCUUUUUUUUCUGUUUAUGUGUUAAUCCUGAAACGGAUCACAGAGAUUGUAGUUCAAUUCAUUAUGUUGUUGAAGGUAUUCACAGAGAAAUCAUGGCAAAGAAAUUGUGGUUAUAUAGUCUAUGAUACAGUAAAAAAGAAACUUAUUUUGCUAAUAGCGUUCUACUUGCAAAUAAUCCAGAUUGUCAAUGAUUAUUUUAUGUUGUGAUCACUUGGCAAUGUCUUUUUUUUUUUUCGAAGAAAAGUAUAUGAGAUUAUUUUUGUCUAUUUUGUAUCUAACAGAGACUAAGAAUCUAACAUAUGACAUUAGAGACAUAAUAUCCACAUGGCUGUCAUCGUUGCUGUUACAUUUCACUGUGUUUUUUUCCUGCGGUGAAAUAUGACAGCAUGAUCAGAGCGUUUUUAUAUAGACAUUUGUACCUACAGAAUGUGGUAUUUUCAACCCCUUUACAUGAUUCAGAUUCACUCUGUUCAUGUCAUAAUAAUGGAAGGAAGACCAAAAAAAUGUAUCACAAUCAACAAUAAAGCUCUAACCUAUUUUA